CUCGAUGCAGAUGGUAGAUCUUACACUAUUGGAUCCAGAAAAACUGCCCGUGCACAAUGCUGGAUUGUUCCUGGAAAUGGUCAAGUCUAUGUCAAUGGCAUCCGACUUCCUGAAUACUUUCGCGAUAUGGUCAAUCGUGAAGUCAUUGUAAAACCAUUCGAGGUUGCCAAUUGUUUAAUGAAAUACAACACCUGGGCAAUUGUAUCUGGUGGUGGUCAUUCAGGCCAAGCUCAAGCUGUCGCUGUCGCUGUAGCUCGUGGCAUAGCAAUACAUGAUUCUACCAAGGAAAACUUGUUUAAAAAACUUGGAAUGCUCAUGAUCGAUACUCGCCAAGUUGAACGUAAAAAAACUGGACAGCCUGGUGCGAGAAAGAAGAACACUUGGGUUAGACGUUAA